ACUCAAUGUGAGUGUUAUGUACAUGUCUAUGUAAAUUAUGUACCUAUUUCAUUACUCUUAGAGCAAGGGUCACAUGAAAAAUUAGAAACCCUAGUCAUUGAUAUUGGUAUUAUUUAUUCAUUUGUCCGUGCAGACAUACCCUUUGGCCUCCCCCAAGAAAAUCUUUCCGGCCGUCACUUUAAGCUCCUUUCAUUUAAUUUUCAGGCACCGGCCCGAAUUUUGGGACCGUUAUUUAAUCUCCUCCCUAUAUUUCUGUAUACGAAUACGUUGACUGUUAUUAAUCCCAGGUUAGUCAAGCUCGCUGCUCGCAAAUAAUCAUAACCUGUAAGGCUGUAAUUGAUCUCGGUUGACCAGUAGCCACCUGAGUCCGAGUUUGCUCAAGAGUAUAAUCCUUAGCGUGAGAAUAUGGGAAAGCCCACCACCAGAAAAAGGACUCAGAUCGGGUCGAAGCUCAACCCAGACGGGCACCCGAACCCCCGCAAGGCAGCCUUCGACAAGGACACAGCCGUCUUCAUCGCCAUGUCCCAGGAGCUGAAGGAAGAAGCCAACAAGCUUUUCCAGAGGCGGGACCACGAGGGCGCCAUGCUCAAGUACGAGAAAGCUCUCAAGCUCCUUCCCCCAAACCACAUCGAUGCAGCCGCACUCCGUACCAACAUGGCCUUGUGCUACAUGCAGAUGGGCCUUGCUGAGUACCCGCGGGCCGUGAGCGAGUGCAACCUGGCCCUCCAGGUGGCCCCUAAAUUCAGCAAGGCCCUCUUAACGCGGGCCCGAUGUUAUGAGGCCCUGAAUCAGCUUGCAGAGGCCCACAGGGACGUCAGUAGUGUGCUGGCCAUGGAGCCCAAUAACACAAUCGCCCUCGAGAUUGACGAGCGCGUGAAGCAGGCCGUGGAGGAAAACGGUGUCCAGAUUGUGGAUAAGGAAAUCGAGCCGCCGGUCGAGCCUGCCAAGAUACCUCUGCCUCGUAAGGUGGUCAAGGAGAAAGGGAAGAAGAGGAAGAACGCCGCCAAGUUUGAGAAGAGAAGUGUGGGGGAGAAGAAUGCGGAGGAAAAGAAGCCGGAGGAUAAAGUGGUGGUGGCGGAGAAAAUAAGCGUCGAGGAGAAAAUACCCGUCUUGAAAUCGGUCAAGCUGGUUCACGGUGAGGACAUCAGGUGGGCCCAGCUGCCGAUAAACUGCAGCGUGCGCCUCGUGAGGGACAUUGUGGUGGACAGAUUUCCUGGACUGAAGGGCGUUCUCGUCAAAUACAAGGACCAAGAAGGGGAUUUGGUCACCAUCACCACCAAUGACGAGCUGAGGGCAGCCGAGGGUUUGGCCGACGACAAUCGAGGCUCGUUGAGGCUCUACAUUGCUGAGGUCAGUCCCGAUAAAGAACCUCUCUAUGAAGGGACUGGCCUUGAGGAGAUACCGAAUACAACUGUUGUAGUAGAGAAAGGGACCUGCGUCGAGGGCUGGAUCAUCCAGUUUGCGAAGAUGUUCAAGAAUCACGUAGGGUUCGAGUCCGAUUCCUACCUGGACCUCCACGAGAUCGGGAUGAAGUUAUAUUCGGAGGCAAUGGAAGAGGCUGUGACGAGAGAGGAUGCACAGGAGCUCUUUGAUCUUGCGGCAGACAGAUUCCAGGAAAUGACUGCUUUAGCCCUGUUCAACUGGGGGAACGUCCACCUGUCCAAGGCCAGAAAACGAGCUUCUGACGAAUCCACCGAGUCUGCGAAAACUGCUUACGACUGGGCCCAACAGGAGUACACCCUUGCAGGCUCGAGUUACGAGGAGGCCCUGAAAGUGAAGCCUGACUUUUACGAGGGCCUACUCGCCCUCGGGCUUCAGCAGUUUGAGCAGGCGAAGCUAUCAUGGACUUACAUGGUCGGGAGCAAGUUAGGGGUAGAGAUCGGGCCCUCGGCAAAGGUGCUUGAGCUUUACAACAAGGCUGAGGACAGUAUGGAAAAGGGGAUGCAGAUGUGGGAGGAGAUGGAGGAGCAGCGUCUGAACGGGCUUUCGAAGCACGAGAAGGAGAAGGAAGAGCUAAGGAAGUUCGGGCUUGACGGGCUUUUCAGGGGCCUGCCGACCCAUCAGGCGGUCCAAAGGGCCCAGAGCCUGAGCUGCCAGAUUUAUUUCUUGUGGGGCACGAUUCUGUACGAGCGUUCGGUCGUGGAGUACAAGCUGAGCUUACCGACUUGGGAGGAGUGUUUGGAGGUUGCGAUCGAGAAAUUCGAGCUUGCGGGGGCCUCGUCGACUGAUAUUGCUGUGAUGAUCAAGAACCACUGCUCGAACGAGACUGCUUUAGAAGGGUUCAAAGUGGAUGAGAUAGUUCAUGCUUGGAGUGAGAUGUAUAAUGCUGACAGGUGGCGAAGUGGUGUGGCGUCUUCGCGUCUCGAGCCGUUGUUCAGAAGGUGCUCCCCGAAACUGCAUUCUGUUUUGGAACAUCUUGCUCAGUAGUGGGGUGUGGUUUUGCCUCCAGACUAGAUUGUUUAGGUUCUUUGUAUUUUUUCAUCAGCAGUUUUGCCUUUGCUUGUGAAGUAAAGGAGUGAAAGUUUUGGUGUCCCAAUUGCCUAUUGGAUUAGACAUUAGUUUUGCUUUUGUUUUGUCAGUUGGAAUUUUAAAGUUGGUUUGAUUAUCCUCAUUCUUUGUUUGAGAAGUAAAUUGUGAUAUUGGGCCUGAAGGGAUCAGGUCUUUUUUGGUACACACAUAUGGUGAGGCCAUAUAAAGGUAGAAUGAUUAUAGAAUUGGAUUUGUAAAGGGUUCUUUUGCAAGGUGAUAGUGUGUAUGCUGUCAAGUUUGUGAAUUUCAUUGUAUCUUGCUUGGAUAUUUAUGGGAUUUUUUUAAUAGUAAACAAGAAUGUCUAAUA